GUCUCGUUAAAUGUCAUUGAGUCAGGUAAAUGUAGUUAAAUGUUGGUGUUUUUAAAUGUUGACAUUAUCAGAUGGAGCUAAUAUUUUUCUUGCAUCAGAAAGCAGUACUGCAAACACUGUAUGUCAUAAAUGGUAAGAGGUUAACUUGUGUAUCCUUAGGAAGAUUGGAGGCAUUGCUACUUGAAAAAAAAACUGAAUUGCAGAUAUCUGAAACAAAUCGUCACUUCAUACUUACAUACAUUAGGACUAGUCAAAAUGACGUAUAACUGUAAUAGUAACUCCAUUCAAAAUUGCUGAUUAAAUGAUAAAUAGACUUGCCAUAUAAUAAUACAGUAACAUUUAUUACACUAUUAUUAGUUUGUAAUAUUAGUAGUACAAUAUUGUUAGUGAGGACUUAUUUUUUUGCGCAGGAAACAUCUCUGGUUCUGUUCAAUAUUUCAGCGUCUUAAAUGUUUGACUAACUUAUUAGCAAUAGACUUCAGAGACCACAUUCAGAAAGUUACAUAUUUAUAUUUAUAUGGCUUGAACUGUGAACCGGCAUUCAUAUCUAUUACCAUUAGUGUAGUGAAGUUGGAAUCAGCAGAGUUUAAAUGGUUGUUAGCUUAGUUUUGCAAAAUUAGCCAGUUUAGUCAUUAGCAUUAGCCAAAGUAAGCUAGCAAAAAAUGGCAGCUGGAAAGAUGUGUCUCAGGAAGAACAAGGGGGAAACAACAGAGUGGACAGGGUUGUUCCUGUGUGACCUAAAAAGCAAGCAAGAGUCUCUUGUGUUUGCCAAGAGAAUGAUGGCGUUGGCAGUUUCCUCCAUCACUUAUCUCAGAGGGAUUUUCCCAGAGGAUGCCUACAUAUCCAGAUAUGUGGAAGAUCUGUGCGUUAAGGUUUUGCGUGAGGACUGCGUCAGGCCUGGUGCCAGCAAAGUUGUGAAAUGGAUGAUGGGCUGCUUUGAUGCCUUAGAGAAGCAGUAUCUCCAGAUUGUAUUCAUUGGGGUGUACACCAAUCCAGAGGAACCAAAUUGCAUUAUUGAGUCCUACCAGUUCAAAUUCAAAUACACAGAAAAGGGACCAGAAAUCGACAUGCUCAGGAACGAUGACAUGGAGAUGCAGAUGACACUGGAGGACACCAAGAGAGCAUCAGUGCUCCUCAUCAGGAAGCUCUUCCUGCUCAUGCAGAACCUGGACACCCUUCCUAACAAUGUCUGCCUCACCAUGAAGCUCUACUACUAUGAUGACAUCACUCCUGCUGAAUAUCAACCGCCAGGCUUCAAGGAAGGGGAAUGUGACAGUCUGUGGUUUGAAGGCAUGGCUGUGCACUUCAGAGUGGGUGAGGUGCAGACGCCAUUCCACAGUUUGAGAGUCCGUGUGUCAGCUGAACAAGGACGGAUGAAGAAACUUCAGGAAGAGAACCAGCUGAAGGAAACCAAUCAGGUUUCUCAGAGAAAUCCUCCAGCUCCUCUUACGAAAAAGUACAAUGACGAUGACCUGCCCUCUGAAGAUGGUAAAAAACCUAUGGCAAAGGAAGUCAACCAGCUGAAGGAGAUCAAGCAGGUUUCUCAGGGAAAUCGUCCAGUGAGGAAAAUCAUCAAGGCUCCUCUUACAAAAAAGUACAAUGACGAUGACCUACCUUCUGAAGAUGAAUCAGCACAGUUCAAGAAAGCCAAGAAACCUGUGGCAAAGAGACGUACAGCUGCCAAAAAUCUGUCCAGGAAGAAAAGAAUCUAAUCAACAAGACAAC